UGGAAGACGAAGAGCGGCAAUAUCGGCCACUCUCGCUCAUGUACUCAUGUUUUCAUCAACAUUUUCCUCUCUUGUUUUCUCCCCCUACAAACAACAACAACCUUAACCAACAACAACAACAACACGACCGUUGUAUCCUCUCUCUCUCUUUCUCCCUCUCUCUCUUCAGCGUUAUGGCGGAUCAUAAGAGAAAGAAGAAGAGAGGGAGAAGCAAGCUCUUCAGGUCUUGCUUUCGGUCUUUCGCUGUCGAUAGCGAAAGACCGAUUAUUAAUAAUAAUAAUAAUAAUAAAUCAGAUACCCGGGAUUCUAAAAUCGGACGCCUAGGAAAACCGGCUUUGAUUGCAGCAACUGGAUGCGGUGAAGACGCUGUUGUUGUUUCGGAUGUUAAUUCCGAUAACCGGGUUUCCCGAUUGCUUAAAGCGGUUAUGGUGAAGAAGAGUAGGAGUUCAUCUAAAUCAUCGAACGCUUCAGACAUAAACGAAUCGUUUAUACCAAUCGAAAAGACCGGAAAACAAUCCGACGACAGUAACGCGUGCAGUAUGCAAUCAACAGACAUGGAAGAUACAUCAAGUCGUUGUUCGAAUACACUAUCUUCUUCACGAACCACUAGUUGUUCCUCUUCGUCCACAAACGCCAAUUCUCGAUGGCUAUCUGAACCAAAAACAUCAUCUCAAACAGAUACAACAGAUUCUAAUAAUCAAACUUCAUCCAAUUCAUCAGCAUUUCCGAAACCUAACCGAAGCAACUCCAGUUCUCAAACAUGUUCUAUCCUGUUACCAUUAUCAAAAUCAAAUACUCUUAUUCGAUCAUCAUCGUCACCAUCGUACCAUAAAGGAUUAUCACAAUUAGAUUCAGUCGAUUCGAACAAUGUGAUGGCAUCUAAUCUGGAUAAAGUUAAGUCUAGCGGUAACAGUUGGAAUAUCCGUUGGUGUUUGUUUCUUCUUUUGAGUCUUAUUGUGUUGGUGGUGUACGGAAGAAUAUACGCUAUACUUUGUACAUCUAUUUUGUUCUAUUUAGUACCUUGUCGACGAGUGAAACGAAUGAACUCAGUUGGCAACGCGAGCAGGGUGGUGGAUACUGAGUCGGAGCAGUACAAGAAAAGAGUUAUUAUGGCUGGUUUGCUUGAUAGAACACGAAAUCCUCUUCGGUAGCCUUUACAGGGAAGAUGUGGUUAGACUGUAUGUGUAUGUGUACGUGUGUACGUGUACGCAUCUGUUGUAUAAAUUUAUGAACUAUAAAUAUUUAUAUUUAUAGAAAAGAUGAACUGUGUGAUUUCUGUAUUUGUUUUGCAUCUGGAGAUUGGAGAUAAGAAUUAACAAAUCUGGUUGCCUUCCCUCCAGUUUCAAUUACUACUUGAUAUGGAUAAGUAAACCAUCCAUACUAAUUUA